AUGACACCGUGUUAUGUUUUUUCACUUCUUUUGUUCUGCCUCUAUUGCAUCACCUCUCUCACUCAUUCUCUAACCAAUGGCUUCAGCGUGGAACUCAUCCACCGUGACUCUUUAAAAUCCCCAUUCUACAAUCCCUCACAAACCCAAUUCCAAAGACUCGCUACUGCCGUACAUCGUUCCAUCAAUCGUACCAAUCGUUUCAACAAAGCCUAUGUUCAUGCAAAUACAAUUGACCCAAUUGUAAUACCAUAUCCCUUAGAUGGUGAAUAUCUUAUGAGUUAUUCAGUUGGCACCCCACCAUUCAAGCUCUAUGGUAUUGUUGACACAGGUAGCAACCUUGUUUGGUUUCAAUGCAAGCCUUGUAAAGUAUGUAAUAGCCAAACCUCUCCCAUAUUUGAUCCUUCAAAUUCCGAAACAUACAAAACCCUUCCUUGCUUCUCUGCUCAAUGUCAGUCUUUUGCUACCUCUUGCUCUCAAGAUAAUACUCAAACUUGUGAAUAUACUGCCAACUAUGGUGAUGGGUCUUACACACAUGGAGAUCUUAGUGUGGACACUCUUACUUUAGAGACCACAAAUGGCUCUUCCAUCUCAUUUCCCGAAACUGUUAUUGGAUGUGGAUACAAUAAUGUUGUUACGUUUAAGGGACAAAACUCUGGCAUAGUUGGCCUUGGAAAUGGACCUCUAUCCCUUAGAACUCAAUUGGGUCCUUUAAUUGGUGACAAGUUCUCCUAUUGCUUUGUGCCAAUACUUUCAGAGAAUAACUUCACAAGCAAACUCAAUUUUGGCGAUAGUGCGGUGGUUUAUGGAGAUGGGACUGUCUCAACUCCUUUUAUCCAAAGAAAUGGAGAAGCCUUAUAUUACUUGACUUUAGAAGCAUUAAGUGUGGGAAACAAGAGAAUAGAGUUUGUAAACCCCUCCUAUGGAACUAUUGAAACGGGGAAUAUUUUGAUUGACUCCGGCACAACAACUUCUCGUUUACCAAAUGAUGUUUACUCCAAGGUUGUAUCCGCGGUGGUAGAUGCGGUGAAACAUGAGCCUAUUGAAGAUCCUUAUAAAAUAUCAAGGCUUUGCUACCAAACUACAUCAAGACAAUUGGAGUUUCCUAUAAUCAUAGCACAUUUUAAGGGUGCAGAUGUCAAGUUGAAUGCUAACAAUACUUUUAUUCUAGUUGAAUAUGGGAUUGCAUGCUUCACUUUCCUCCCAACUCAAGCCUAUCCUAUCUAUGGGAACUUGGCGCAACAAAACUUCUUGGUUGGUUAUGACCUCCAAAAUAAUGUUAUCUCCUUUAAACCUACAGAUUGUACGAAGCAUUGA